GUCGCAAUGGGGCUGAUAGCGGCGCUUAUAAAGGGGCCAUGGAGGGGGCGGGGGGGGCUCAGUACAACCACGGUGCUGCGGGGCCGGCGGUGACGGUCCCCCCCGAGCCGCCUCCAUGGGCCGCACUCUGCUCUUCCUCCUCUUCUUCAUUCAGGGCCGGGGGGAAACAGCGACCCCCGCCCCCCCGGUGGGUGAUGGACGGACGGCGGCGCUGCGGGCGCUGCUGGCGGAGGUCGCCCCCCCCCUCCAUGCGUUGCGGGGUCGGGGGGUUCGUUGCGGGGCGCUGCUCCCCGAUUCCCUCCCCGGUUUCUCCCGCAUCCCCCCGCUGCCCCGCGCCGUGUCCCGAGCCUCGUUGGUUCUGGUGCUGAGUCGAACCGGCUGCAAACCGGAGGCGGAGGAAGCGGCGAUGGGGCUGUACCGGGAGCUGAGCCCCCCCGCGGUCACCGCGUUGCUGCGGGGUCUGGCGGGGCUGCGGGACGUCCCGGCGGACCGGACGCUGCCGCUUCUCUCCAGCCUGGCCCGAUUGAGGCGGCGCUGCGUUCGGCCCCGCAACGAGACCCGCAACGGGACGGUCCGGUGCCGUCGGGAGGCGGAAGACGACGCUUGUAGCCCCCCCGGUGAACGGCAGGCUCACGGCGUGAUCGAGUGGGUACCGGGAGUCAACGCCGUCUAUAACCUGGGCAGCGGCCUCUACUUCGCCUUCCAGGGCUGCGAGCUGCUCGCGUCCGAACGGGCGCUGCAGGCGGCCGAGGAUCUGGGCUACGCGGCGUUAACGGCGAUCACGGGAGGCGGCCCCGUGGCCGUGGGGAUCCGGUUCGGGCUGCAGCCCGGUAUCAAAGCGGGGGUCCGAGCUCUCUAUGGGUAUUUCACUGCGGACGGGGAACCACCGACGGCGCCCAGCGCUCACAGCGGCCCCGUCCUCGUGGUCUGAAUAAAGCCACGUCCCCGCCCGGUGUCCGUAUCGGUA